AUGGAGCUUGUUUGCGAGCUGCCGGGUGUCAGCGACAUGGGUUGCAUCGCCGCUUGGACACGGCAUCUGCGCUGCGAUGAUCUGCGAUGGUUUGCGAUGCGCUGCCGCAAAAGACCCACUUUUGAGGUCUUGGACAUUGCGGAGAAGCACCUGCGGCUGAACACCUUGGCUCCGGCCUUGGUCCUUGGGAGAGUGCAUGUGCAAUGUGCACCCUCCUUACGCCAGGACCCUGCGCCCAAGUAUGCCAUCAAUGCAGGGCCUUUUCCGGUGCAGGGCACAGCUGAUACCGGCCAGAGGCAAGAAAGCUUACAGCCGGAGGUUCUCAUUGAGCCUUCUGGUGCCAAAGCCAAGAGAAUGCGCUCCGGCCUCGCAGUGUUCCGAAACUGCGGCUGCCUGGCCGGAUGCUUCGGCCUCCGCGGCCUCUCCGGGCCGCCAAAAAGGACAGGUUGGAUUCACAUGAAUGCAGCUGGCGCUUCGCCCAUGCCGGACGUGGUCCAUGAUGCCAUCGUGGCUCAUCUCGAGUUGGAGCGCCAAGUCGGAGGCUACGCAGCAGAAGCCGCAGCGAAUGCAAGGCAGGCUGCUCGCAGGGCGGCAGCAGAAUUGUUGGGCUGUGACGAAACAGAAAUAGCUUUAACCGAGUCCGCACAGGCCGCUUGGGCGAAAGCUUUUUACAGCUUAGAUUUCCAAGAGGGUGAUCGGAUAUUCUGUUGGGAAAGUGAAUAUGCAGGGAAUGCAGUCGCAUUUCUGCAGGCUGCUAGGCGACACAAACUCGAGCUCGAAAUAUUGCCGAUGCGAACUGAUGGCAUCGUGGAUGUAGCUGCCCUUGACGUCGCACUCAAAUCUAUGCCUGCAUCUGCACGCUCUGUGGUGGCUUUGACACACAUUCAAACAAACUCGUCGAUAGUACAACCUGCAGCCGCCGUCGGCGAACUUGCUCGCAAGCAUGGUGCUGUCUUCCUGCUUGAUGCUUGCCAAUCCAUCGGACAGAUACCCGUUAAUGUGCGGUUAUUGUCCUGUGAUUUUGCUUGCGGCACUGGUCGCAAGUGGCUGAGAGGCCCGCGUGGCACGGGGUUUCUCUACGCUCGGGCAGGCGCUCUGCCCCAGUCGACGCGGGCCUCUGAGCGGUCUGAGCGCGAACUCGUGGGUGAGCCUGCCAUGAUCGAUCACGUCUCGGUGCGUUGGACACAGCGAUGCUCAUACGAGCUGGCAUCUACCGCCCAGCGAUAUGAGAUGUGGGAGUCUGCACCUGCACUGCAUGUGGGCUUGAAAGAGGCACUUAUGCUGUGCAGCCGCAUGGGCCCGCAGCAGGUUGAGCAAAGGGCAAGUCACCUGGCACGAUCUCUACGACAGAAGUUGGGAUGCAUCGAGGGCAUUCGCUGUUGUGAUGCUCCGGAGAGCUUCAACGAGGAUGCUGAAAGCCCGGAAACAAGGCGAUGUGGAAUUGUGACCUUCCAGGCAUUCCCGGACCUCAGAGUCACUUCUGAGUUUAUAAAGGAUGCUCUUGCUGAGCAGCGAAUUGCCGUAUCAGUGUCGCCAUCCUCUCACACUUUUAACGAUGCGGAUUGGAGUCUGCCUUCCACCGUGAGGAUAAGCCCAUCCUACUACAACGAUGAAUCCGAAGUCGACAUCGUUGCACGUACCAUACAGAGCAUCAUCUCGCACGAAGCCUUGGCUGCGUUGACCUUUGCGCUGCAAGACGACGACUACGACAUCCGGAAAUGUACCUUCACAGCUCUGAGCGACUGCUUAACCUCCACGAAUUCCCAUCUCCCGGCAUGCUUCAUCUUGAGCUGCUGCUUGCAAGACGAGCGGCCGUUCGUGAGGGUGGCUGCGGCGGAGGUGCUGGCGCAGCUGGGUGUUUCCGGAAACAUGGCACCUAUCAUGAUCGCAAAUGCAUGGCUGGAUGAUGCGAGACAGCAUGUAAGGUGCUUAGCGGUUCAAAUUCUGGGGCGUUGUUGCGCUGGCCACUGUGCCGGUGAUGCUUUGGAUGCUGCGCUCGGCCAUCUGCGAGAUGAUCGGUUCUUUGUCCGCAAAGGGGCUGUGGAGGUCUUGGGCACUGGCGCUUUGCGUGGCAGCAGAGAAGCGGCAAUUGCACUGCGAGGGUGCCUAGAAGACGCAUCCUUGCACGUUAGAGAUGUCGCCCGACGCUGGCAUAUGCGAGUGGUGUGCAGUGCAGCCUUGUGGCUGCAGGGUGAGGAUUCGAAAAGAGAAACAGGAUUGGAAAUCCUAGCUGCACUGGCCAAGCUGGGCGAUCGAGAUGCGAUCGUAGCAGCAGUGCAGGCACUGAAAAGUCCGUCGCCAAGUUGUCGACAGGCCGGCGUGGAUAUUCUGGGACACGGAGCGGGGGCGCAGGCACAUCCUCUGGCAAGCAUUGCAUUGGCCAUGUGUGUGGCUGACGGGGAUCAAGAUAUACAAACGAGCGAGCAAAUCGCCAAAGCCAGGCAGCUGCUGUCUCUUUCAUCUCGGGACAUCUCGCAUGCUUUGGAUGUCCAUCUUGAAACCGUGGAGAACUUCUCUCCAAGCGAAGCUGAAGAGCCUGAAGUGCACGAUUGCACCGGGCGUACGCAAGAGCUCCUGCAGCACCUUCGACAACACUUGAUGGCAGAAGGCAUUGCAAAAGCAGUCUGUAUCAUCUUGGAGACGGCCGCUGAAGAUCCAGAACCUUUGGGAGGUGACCGGACAACCUUUCCAAGCCUUCCAAGCGACAUUCCUGCCGCAUUGAGCGUGCUUUCUGCUCGCAGAGGCACUUGCAGGAGCCUUUGUACUCCCUUCUCUGUCCUCAAGGCUUCCGACUCCUUUGUGAGGAUCUCGGCUAUACAGGCGCUACGUGGUCUUGCAGAACAAGGAAGCCUGGAAGCGAUAGCCGCUCUCUGCGGCAGUUUGGAGGACGACUGUGCUGAUGUGCGGGAGCAGGCCGUGGAUGUCCUCGGAGGCAUUCCAACACAGCGGUUUCUCUUGGAGACCGUGGCUAAACACCUUGCGCAUGAGCAGUCGUACGUGAGAGUGGCGGCUGUGGAACUCCUUUGUAGAAACAGCGACAGGGAUGGCGUUUGCGAUGUGGCCUUGCCAUAUCUUGAGAACAUGAACUCUGGAACAAGGCAAUCCGCGAUCCGAGUACUGGCGUCGACGGCCACUCGCAAUGAGAAGGCCAUGUCUGGCUUACGAGAACGUCUUGACGAUAAGGAAAUGGAGGUCCGACAAGAAGCCCUCGUGGCGCUUUGCACGCUCGAGUCGCCUGAGAGAUGCUCGACCCAUGAGCGCCUCAGCGCGUGGACUCCAUAG